AUGGCCACCCCAACCCCCCUCCCCUCAAGAACAGACCUCGCCAAAAAAGCAGGUCGCUACCGCCUCGUCGCCGGAAUCAUCUCCUGGCUCGACCGCUACCUGUCCUGGCCCCUGCCCUCCCGACCAGCCCUCGAACUCACCAUCCCAACAACAGUCAGCAAAAUCCCCGGCACAAUCCAACUCUACUUCUUCACCGCAACAGGCACCCUGCUCUCACCCGGCGAAGACGAAGAACAACCCCACACAAAGCGCCCCGUGCUAAUCGACUUCCACGGCGGCGGCUUCGCCAUCGGCCAUCCACUCGAUGACGCGCGCUGGAUCGCAGCCGUGCUGCACGCACACCGGGACGCAGUCGUCGUGAGCGUGGGAUACCGCCUCGCGCCGGAACACCCGUUCCCGGCGCCGAUGGAAGAUGGCGUUGACGCGGUGAUUUGGCUGUGGGAGCAUGCGGGGCAGUAUCGACUUGAUCGGAGGCGGUUCGUGGGUGAAUGUCCCGGAAUCAAGUUGGCUGGGUUGAUUGCGUUUUACCCGGCUACGGAUUGGUCGCGGAGUCGGAUUGAGAGGGAUGCGACGAAUCCCGUUGCGGCGAGGAAAUCUAUGAUCACGCCUGAUGUGUUCAAGUUCUUUGAUGAUAGUUAUUUGAUGCUGGAGAAUUUGCCGCGGAAGGUUGGCACGGAUGAGAUUGAUAUGUCUCAUCCGUAUGUGUCGCCGGGGUUAGCGCCCGAGGGACUGAUAUUGGCGUCGUAUCCGGGGAUUGUGGCGAUUUAUACGUGUGGAUGGGAUCAGUUGCUUGUCGAGGGGAAUGCGUUUCGGGAGCGGUUGCGCGGAUUUGUUGGGCCCCGGGGGUUGGUGCAUGUUGGGGGAUUCGAAAUUGAAGAUGUGGUUCAUGGAUUUGAUAAGAGGCCUUCUUUCUUCUUGGGGAAUGGGCCGAGGGAUCGGAUGUACGGGGAUGCGGUGCGGCAGUUGGGGAUGAUGUGGAAGGAGAAGUCGCCGAGGGGGUUUGUUUCUGGGGAGGGUUGA